CUAAUAUCCAUGGAUACCAUCAACACUGCAGAGGGCAGAGCUGCUGGUUUAGAGACUGUGCUGAAGGUCAUGCAGGUGAGCAAGUGUUAAAGUUUGGAGCGUUUUUCUUUUGGGUUUUUUAUACCUGUCUGCUACUGAUCUGCAGGUACGGCUAAAGGAUGAGCGUGCUGUGGGAAGGCUGAAGCGCAGAGAACCAGGAUUCUUCUCCUUCCUUCUGCUGUCUCUUGACGUGACGAAUGGAGACGGAUGUUUCUUCAGAAAUUGGCGCUCUUGAUCCUCAACAGAACUUCUUUUUGGUGAACAUGAUGGAAGAGGACUGCAGACAGAUUCUAGAAGCUCCACUGUAUCCCAGCCAUGGCCUUCAUGGUGUCUUAAGAUACAGAAGGGAAUCCCAGGAGAGGAGAGUCAGUCUUCAGCCUCAGCCUUCCAGAGAUCAGCCAGUGUGGUGUGAAUUUUGUGGAAUGACAGCCAAGCCGCCUCUGGAUCCAGAUCACACAGAGGAACUCAAGGACUUCUGCUGUCUGCAGUAUAAGGAGAUGUUUGAGGAGGUGGCCAGAGAGAGGAGGUUCGUUCUGGAGCUGUGUGAGGAGAGACCGAGGGGAACCCUGACAGCAGGAGACCUCAGCAUUGGUUUUGAGGAGCAGCUGAAGCUGGGAGCUGGAGAGUGGGACAGUGAGGAAAGCAGGCUGCAACAGAUGGAGAUGGAGAGGUUCUACAGAGAGGCUCAGACAAGACCAAGUAUGUCCACAGACACCAGUUUGUUCCACACCAAGACCAUCAGUUUCCAGCUCUCUGGCUGUGAUCCUGUGGAUGAAAGACUUAAUUUAGCAGUGAAGAAAGAGUCUAGUGAAGAGGAGAAGCCUGAAGUGUGGGAGUGGAAUGACCCUUCUGGGUCUGAACCAGCUGGGUUUGGUCUGAACCAUCUUCAGGAGGGUGCACGCUUCAUACAGAAGUUUUACUCUAAUGGGAAUAAGUUUCUCACUGGGUUUUCAGACGGAUCUGCACAAGUCUUCUAUCCGUCAGGAAAUCUGGCCAUCAUCGUCCUCACAAACAAGAAGGAGCGGGUGUGCGUCGUCCGUGACAACAUCACGUCCCACUGUCCAGUCAGGGCCUUGUUCCAGUCCAGCGGCAGGGCUACCUGUUACCACGGCAACGGCAGGGUCUGGCUGAACAUGGAUUUAUGGGGAGGCCAGAGUCUGGAUGAAGCAGGAGCCAGGACCAGAAAGUGGAGCUGGAGUGACCGAGCCCAAACCCCGACUCCCCUCAGACCCAUCUUCCUCUCACUCAAUAAAAGCGUGGGGGUGAGGGUUCUGGGACGGCAGUACAUCUUUGUAUCAUUCCUGGCCUUGGGACAGCAGGCCAAGUUCAGCGUCGGCAGCUGCGUGAAGAUAAAGGCCCUCAACUCCCCUCCCCACAGCCCUUCCCUGUGCAAAGAGGAGCUCUUUCUGCUUGCAUGUCGGGUGCACCUUCAGCUGACCCUCACUCGCCUGCGGUGGUGCCAACGUUUCCCUUCCAGCUCCAGGGUUCACAACAUCAAACCCCCUCCGGUCCUCCUCUCUCUGGCCCAGAGGCUGCUGAGUCUGAGCCACAACGUGCCCAUGAAAGACACUGAGAGGACCUUCAUUCAGCACUGCCUGCAGGACUGCCAAUGACUUAUUAAGGCCUACACACUUAACAUACCAGGCUGAAGCAUUCAAAAAUAACAUUAAAAAACAUUUAAAACAACCUUCUUUAAAUGGAUUGGGUGUGCUGCUUUAUGUUUUUAAAUUUACUAAAAACUUGAGGGUGAUAAGUAACCUAAACCAGGACUCUGCACCCCUGCAUUAUGCCCGAAUUCAAAUAGGUGAUACCCUAGAUGUCCAAAUGUUUGUGGACAUCCCUUCUAAUGAAUGAAUAAUCUCUUUCUGGAUUGAAGGUUUUGUCCCAAUAUGUUUGGCCAUAUAAAACAGUUCAACCACACUAGUUAACACGUUAUCCCAUUUUUCUUCAAAUUUAACUAGGCUUAUUGUCCCACCCAUUCACCUGCACAACACCAGGAGGGUGAAGACUAGCACACGCCUCUUUUAACACAAGUGAAGCCAGACUCCACCUCUUUUUGAGCUGCUGCUGAUGCAGCAUUGGCAAGUAGAAUCACAUCGCUAACGCUCAGAGGAAAGCACAGCGACUCGGUUCUGAUAAAUCAGCUCACAGACGCAGCCUUGUGCUGAUCCACAUCACCCUAGGAGCAGUGAGUGGAAAAAGCGGCAUCUGCUGUACUGUACCCACCCAGAGAGAGCUAGUCCAAUUGUGCUCUCUCAGGGCUCCGGCAGCUGAUGGCAAGCUGCAUAACCAGGAUUCGAACCAGCAAUCUUUAGACCGCUGAACCACUCGGCGCUCCUUGUUAACACUUUUACUUAGUCUUGCACCCCAAAUCCAAUCUACUUAAUUACAGAACCGAAGACAUCACACAUUUUUGUUAGAAUGUUAAUUUUAUUAUCAUUUUGAGUUAACAUGGUUGGCUAUAGAAACAAAUACAAAAGUACAGAAGGAUCAAUAAAAUAACCAGCACUCUGUCUCACGUUAAA